AUGACCCUCUGUUUCGAUGCAGCCUACCACGCCCUAAAGACCUCAAAAAUCACAGAAGCCGAAUACCUUCACCAAGUCCUCGCCCACUUCUCCGGCGUACGACAUCCAGCAGACGACAAAGCCCGACCUUGGGAACUCAAGAUCAAUGACCCAGUCGGCAACGCCAUCAGAGAAGCAGCCUUAAGCUCACCAAGCACGCGACCAGAAAGCAUCUUCCGCCUAGAGGAACUAUUCGCAAGCACACUCCGGGACGGUGUCCGGGCAGUGCACACGCUAGUCCAGUAG